AGAGGAUGCGAAAUUAAAAUGGCUGCCUUAACGUGAAAACAUUAGCGGUAUUUGUUUUAUAUGCGAUUUAUAAAAAAAGGGAGUGUUUUUUAAAAAAAUAAAUUAAUGAGGAAAUUAGAUUCAAGAGAGCCCUGGGGGGCUGAUAAAUUAGAGGCUGAAUUAGAAGCUGCACGUGAUAAUCUUAGAGGAUUAGAUCGAAAUAUACGUAAAAUUCUUGGUCGUGAUUUGCCCGACGGUGAAACCGGAUCUCUUCAACCAUCGCCCAGACUUGCACAAAAGAGGCCACUUCACGAUGAACGACGACGAACUGUCGUUGAUUUAUCAUCAAAUAAUGAUCAUCCUGGCAAUAAAAGACGAUGGCAGAGUGUUGUCGCUGAGCCGAAAACUGUUUUUAGUCGUUUAAGUGCAAAAGUACCCUCGAAUGCGGAUGACAGUGCCGAUGAGGAUGAUUCUUUUAUUAAGCCGGCAGUUUCGUCAAGAGUGAUUGUGACUCCUCGUGAAGUGCCAUCACGUCAGGAAGUUAUAAAACGUGAACGUGUUGACGAAAGAAGUAGGCAGAGAAAUAAAAGAAUGUUCGGCGCAUUAUUGGGAACUUUACAAAAGUUUCGUCAGGAAGAAACAAAAUUGAAAGCAAAGGAAGACAAAAAAGCUGAAGUUGAAGCAAGAGUCGAAGAAGCGAAAAGAAAAGAAAAAGAGGAAUUGAAACGUGAAAAACAACAAUUGUUCUUGUCUCGUAAACGACAAUUAGCGGAAGUUCGUGCAUUAGAAGUAAAAUUGACGCGCAGUAAAGAAUUUCAAGAAUGGCGCACUGCGCAAUUGCCAUUAGCUGGCUUUAUUCAAACACGAGCGCAUCCUCCCAUUUAUUAUUUACCAAAACGAAAAAAUGCUCGCACCGAAGCUUUAUUGGCUGAAUCUGCAAAGCAGCUUCACGAGGAAAUUGAGAGAAGAGAGAGAAGUUUAGUUGAGGAAUUGGAAAAAAUUGAAGGACAAAUUGGAUUUGGUAAACAUCAAAAUUUCGAAAUUCCUUCAUUAUCAACGAACGCAGAUGAUGAGCAACGAUCAAUGAAAGACGGUGAAGAAAAUCGUGAUCCAAAUCCAGAGAUAAAUAAUGGUGAAUUAAGUCAAGAUGUAAUAUCAUCACCGAAAAUAAAUCACGAGGAUCUUGAUGUUUCAAUGUUAAAUAAUAGUGAUGUACAAAAAGAUGAUGAAAUGGAAGAAGUACACGACAAGGAAGAUGAGGUCGAGGAAGAUGAAGCAGAAGAAAUAGAAGAAGAGGAAGAGGAAGAAGAAAAUAAUGGUUAACGAUUAUAAUAAUUUUUGUUCGUGUAAAUAUUUUCUACUCAUGAAUUCGAGAAUUUUUUUUUGGACAAAUUAUUGUUUCUUUCUCUCUAUAAUGAAGCUCAUAAUCAUUAAUAAUAAUGUAACAAUAUUAUUUUUUAGAAAUAAUAUUGAAAAUUUAUUAUUUCAAUCCAUUGCAAAAAUUUCUUUCUUUUUAUAUUAUUCAAAUUUAAUUAUGUGUAAUAAUUAUUAUUAUACGCGAUUGUCACUUUUAUUAUGAUUUUAUAUCAUAAAAUGAUUAGUUUUUAAAAUAAUUAAAAAAAAAACUAGUUAUUAAGUAAUGUUAAAUAAAAUGAAAUUAUUGA